ACGUCAGACUCCGCCCUUAGGGGGGGCGCGCAGUCAGUCAGGAAAAGGGGGUGAAGAAGAUGGCGGAUGUGGAGGAGCAGCUAUCUGAUGAGGAGAAGGUACGUGUAGCGGCAAAGUUCAUCAUCCAUGCUCCACCGGGGGAGUUCAAUGAAGUAUUUAAUGAUGUUCGGCUUCUACUCAACAAUGACAACUUACUCAGGGAAGGCGCUGCUCAUGCUUUUGCGCAGUACAACGUAGAUCAGUUCACUCCAGUAAAGGUUGAAGGCUAUGAAGAUCAGGCAUUAAUAACGGAACAUGGAGAUCUUGGUAACGGGAGGUUUUUGGAUCCAAAGAACAAGAUUUCCUUUAGAUUUGAUCACUUGAGGAAGGAGGCCAGUGAUCCCAAGCCCCAUGAGGGAGAAAAUGCCAUCGAAUCGUGGAGGAAUGUUGUGGACUCUGCAGUGAGAUCCUAUGUGAAAGAUCAUUAUUCUAAUGGAUCUAGUACUGUGUACGGGAAAACAAUUGAUGGACAGCAAACUAUUAUUGUAUGUAUAGAGAGUCAUCAGUUUCAAGCUAAAAACUUCUGGAAUGGACGCUGGAGGUCAGAAUGGAAAUUUACCAUAACGCAAUCUACUGCGAAGGUGGUGGGACUUCUAAAAAUUCAGGUUCAUUAUUAUGAAGAUGGAAAUGUACAGUUAGUGAGCCAUAAAGAUAUUGAAGAAUCACUAACAGUGACUAAUGAGAGUCAGACUGCAAAGGAGUUCAUUAAAAUUGUAGAGGAUGCUGAAAAUGCAUACCAGACUGCAAUCAGUGAGAACUACCAGACUAUGUCUGACACUACUUUCAAAGCCUUACGCCGGCAGCUGCCAGUGACGCGCACAAAGAUUGACUGGAACAAGAUUCUUAGUUACAAAAUUGGAAAAGAAAUGCAACAUGCUUAACAUGAACGUUGUACGCCUGGAUGAUUUUAGUGUCUGUGCAUACAAAUAAACAUGGUUGCAAAACUCUUUGAAGCUACCACAUUGCUUGGUCUAGGUAGCCCUUUGCUAUAAAAGUUAAAAUACUGUAAUUAAAAAUUCAGCUACAGCACAAAAUGUAUAUUAUGAAUUCAUUUCAGUUUACAUUUUUGUUUUGAGGGUUGAUAAAUUUACUGCAUUUGUCAUUUUCCCGGUGUUCAACAUUUGAGGACAAAAUGCUUUUCUAUUUUAAGGCUUUUCUAAAAUGCACUUAAUGUAAGUUUGUGUAAUUCGGUUAAACUGCCAUG